GCGCGCAUAGUCGAUCAACUACCGGAGACCUCACAGCACAACGAAGUGGUCACGCCAGCGGCCGGCCUGCGCGAAACCUGUUUGCGCGCAGCUCCACGCCUGCCUGCAUGCCGACGAACGAAGGGACGACGACGAGCCGGCUGAUGCUUGCCGGUACCUGCGCCACAGCAAUGAGGUCAGCGGCGCCUGCAAGCACUUACGCUUCCCUGUCACGCCGCGCAGAUCGCGUGCUCGGAGACUUGUGUGCGUUCCCCGUUAUCAGUCCGGCGUGUGAUAGCGUGCCGAUGUUUCAGACUACAGUGGCUGGUUGCUGCAGCUUGAGACCAGAAGUUGGCAGACAAUAUGCGCGCAGAUCGGCCCAGGCUGUUUUGUCGAUGCUGAAUGCGUGCUCGAUCAACGCGGUUCUCGUCAGUUCCAGUGCAAGAACAGCAUACCUAGCGUGCUCAAGCUGGAGAUGUGCGAAGUAGGUGUGCGUAAUCAGAGAGCAUUUCCGUGGUUGGUGUCUAUGUCCGGCAUCAACACACUUUGGUAGGGUACCAGAAGAGGGUACUCCGCCUGGACGUCAGGCGGUUACUGCAGACGAUCAACACUGACUAUUUCACGGAUGAGGAGACCCGGCAAUGC